GCAGCAUCACGCGUGUCAUUUGUUACAUAUCUGGCAACCCAGGUUUAAACGCUAUUCUCUGACCCCGCCCCCUAUCUGACGUCACAUAGAAUAGGAAGUGAACAGUGGAAUAAGCUCAGACCGGUGCACUGUGUCGCAUGACAGGGAGCUGGUUAAUGAUCAGAACUGAAUGGCAGCGACACAACGCGAGUACCGGCUACAUCCGGGUACCGGAGGACACGGGCCGACCGCAAAUGGCGAGGAUGACGUCAGUGACAUGAAGGAGAGCAGCACGCAGACGGAGGGCAGAGUGCAAGGUCAUGCACCGAGACUGUCCAGACUUAACCUCUUCACAUUAUUGAGUCUUUGGAUGGAGCUUUUUCCCAGGAGGGAAUCCCACAAACAAGACAACGCAUCUGUCCAAGUCACCGGCCUAGUGGUGGUCCAGGAACAAAGAAUUCUGGGUCUUCAUUGCUCUGGAGCGGCCCUCCAUGCUGGUCAGGUGGCGGUAAUCAGACACGGGUCCAGACUUAAGGGCUGCGAUCUUUAUUUCUCCAGGAAGCCAUGUUCAACCUGCCUCAAGAUGAUAAUCAACGCUGGUGUGAACAGGAUUUCUUACUGGCCUGCUGACUCUGAGAUCAGUCUGCUGUCUGACCGAAGCAGUGCCGCGUCUUCCCGUCUCCAGGAGGCAACGCUGGACGCGGUAGCCGCCGAGAGGCUCAAAUCCAGCAGCAGGCCGCACAUCUGUGUGCUGCUCCAGCCCUUAGCCAGCUCGAUGCUUCAGUUUGUAGAGGAGACAUCCUGCAACAGUGAUUUCCUGGGCCGAAUGGCAGCAGAUGUUCCCGACCUGGAUGUCCAGGAACUCUUUAGCAGAGAGCGCUGGAGGAGCUGGGACAGUUUUUCUAAAAGAUUUCUGAUUGAUGAUGUGGAGGUGCAUCGAGAGCUGCUGGGUAAGAUGAACCUGGAGAACUUUCGUACCGAGCCAUACUUCAGUGAGCUGCGGCAGCACAUGAGGGAUCUGAUCAGGAUUCUGGCUUCUGUGGCUGCGAGCGUUCCCGUUCUUGAGCACGAAUAUGGGUUCUACGAGACAGAACCCACAGCUAGUGGACAUAGGACAUUAUCUCAGGAUGUUGUGAGACACUGCAUCAUCCAGGCGGCGUUGCUGGCGUAUAGAACAGAAGAUCCUAAAGUGGGAGUGGGCACAGUGAUUUGGGCAGAGGGCAGAUUGCCUCAGUGUGAUGGCACGGGGAACAUGUACCUGGUGGGAUGCGGUUAUAACGCUUAUCCCGCGGGCUCAGAGUAUGCCGAGUUUCCUCAGAUGGACGCCAAGCAGGAGGAAAGACAGAGACGCAAAUACCGGUACAUCAUCCACGCUGAGCAGAAUGCGCUUACUUUCAGGAGCGCGGAUGUGAAGGAGGAAGAGAACACGAUGCUCUUCGUGACUAAAUGCCCGUGUGAUGAAUGCGUGCCUCUGAUCCAAGGCGCCGGCAUCAAACAAAUCUUCACUACAGACCUGGACAGUGGCAAAGACAAACACGACAUCUCCUACAUCAACUUCAACCGGCUUUGCGGCGUCCGCAAGUUCAUCUGGCAGAAGUCGUCUGUGGUCAGAAGUGCUUCUGAACAAACUGGUCCAGCUUUGUCGAAUGGCAAUGUGAAGAACAGAAGAGAAGACGAUGUGGAUUUUCAGUGCAAUAAGAGACUGAGAAACUGAAGGAUCUCUUAUCGGCCUAAAAGCACAGGGGUUCCUGGAAACAGAUUGCCUUACAGUUUAAAGUUUCCAUCAGUACAUCACACGUGAUCUAUCUAACGGUCAAAUUGUUGAGCGGUGUUGAGAAGAGUAAAAACUAGAAGAUUUAUUCUAGAGCAAAACACGAGUUACAUAUCACAUACAGUACGCGUCAUAUAAAGCAUAGUGUUAAGUAAUUUACAAAAAUGCAUCGUUUGCUAGCCUUUUUUUUUUUUGCCAGACAUAAGUGUAGACCAAGGACAGAUUUAUCCUGUAGAUAAACUGCUAAGAGCAAAAGCAUGUACUUGCUCAUGACCUGUUCAAUCAUUUGAUAUGCACAGAGAUGUUUAUGCAGGGUCUCACAGAAAGGCCCGGUUUAAUGCUGUAUUAAUUUAAAAUAGAAUUUGUGUGUGUACACGUUUUGUGUUCAUUUCAGGUUUUCGUCAAGGCGAAAUAAAACAUAUUAGAAAUGUC